UUUAAAUAUUUUCAUAACAACUAUGAUGAUCAUUUCGAUUAUCAGGCAAGAAAGAAAAAGGUUUCGCCUUUCGGGGGCCGAGGAGUGAAUUCAAGAGCUGAGGGAAAGAUAAAAAAGAGCAAGAGAGAUUUCGAAUUGAAACCCUAAUUUCAAUUCAAUGGGGUUGUGGGAAGCGUUUCUGAAUUGGCUAAGAAGUCUCUUUUUCAAGCAAGAAAUGGAGUUAUCUUUGAUAGGUCUCCAGAAUGCUGGGAAAACAUCACUUGUUAAUGUUAUUGCAACCGGUGGAUAUAGUGAAGACAUGAUCCCCACGGUUGGAUUUAAUAUGAGGAAGGUAACCAAAGGCAAUGUCACAAUAAAGUUGUGGGAUCUAGGAGGUCAACCCAGGUUCCGCAGUAUGUGGGAGAGAUACUGUCGUGCUGUUUCAGCCAUUGUUUAUGUUGUGGAUGCUGCUGAUCCUGAUAACCUGACUGUCUCAAGAAGUGAACUUCAUGACCUGUUGAGUAAGCCCUCACUGAAUGGAAUCCCUCUGCUGGUACUGGGUAACAAGAUUGACAAACCAGAAGCUUUGACCAAGCAGGCUCUGACAGAUCAAAUGGGACUCAAGUCUAUUACUGACAGGGAAGUUUGUUGUUUCAUGAUUUCUUGCAAGAACUCCACCAAUAUUGAUACGGUUAUUGAUUGGCUUGUCAAGCAUUCCAAAUCAAAGAAUUGAGCUGUGAGCACCAUUCCUUGUGUUAUGCGGCAAUAAUCAUAACCGAGCGGCCGGAUUCUGGCUGUGUGCAAAUCUGUUCUGUUGUUUCUCUAACCUGGCGAGCUGAUCAUUUUCUUCUACUUUGCUUCAUUGUAAUAUGUAUUAUUUGGGUUAACAUCUGGGUUUUGACGAGACCCAUUCCUCUGGUGAGACAUAAAAGAGAGAGAAUUCUAUGUAUUGAUAAUGGCUGCUGUGAAUAGUUUAGGGAUUUUCAAUAAAAUAGUACUUCUCAUGCACUACAUUAUGGAAAA